AUGUCGACUGUCGAGUUCACGUCGACGACAAGAAUCGCAUCGUUGGUCCUCAAGCCAUCAAUCGACAUGUCGUUUACAGAAGAGCAAUUGCGUUCCCAAACAACCAAAUUGGUACAUAUAUCAUAUCAGUACGUGGUACUCGAAAACAAAUUUCUGUCAAAAACGUGGAAGGAUCGAUUGAGAACAGAGAAAGCACCGGAGCGUGAGUCGGGGAAGGCGAAGAAAAUGAGCAGCGGCGGGCCUAAAAUCGGCAGCGGCGGCGGCGGCGGCGGCGGUGGGAGUGGCGGCGGAGGGGGUUUUAGGGCGAGAAUUGAUCACUACUUGUACAGCGGAGAGAAGAAGCACGUCGCCGCUGGAAUCGCCAUUAUCACCAUCGUUUUCGGCAUUCCUUGGGUCCUCAUGAACCGAGGGUCUAAGCACCAGUCUCAUCAAGAUUAUUUAGAGAAAGCUGAUAAAGCCCGGAGUCAAAGACUUUCUUCUGGUUCAUCAUCUGCUAAAUAAAUUUUGAAAGCUUUCUGUUACGGGAGGGGGGAUUCUUUCUCCUGUGAAAAUUUUGAUGUUGGAUUGUUAAUGGCUUUUGUUGUUCAAUACUCUUUAUUUCCAACGUCUUUUGCAUCGGAGCGGCAUCCGAUGAGUUUCAAGGAAUACAGUGUAUUUGAGGACCGUACUUCUGUUUCUCGACGUGUUCGGCUGCAGUACCAAGUGUUUACUGAUAAAUAAGUGGAAAUUUCUUGCUGUUGAUUAGGAAAUGAAGUGCCUUAACUCUUGGAAAGA